AUGGUAACUAAUUCUAACUACAUUACAGAAAGUAUAGAACUCAGUUCCGGCUGCAAUACAGUCAAUACGGCAGCCAGUUCCGGCCAUAAUACAGACAAUAUGGUAGCCAUUUUCGGCCACAAUGCAGACAAUAUGGCAAUCAGUUCCGGCAACAAUACAGACAAUAUGGCGACCAGUACCUGCCAUAAUACAGACAAUAUGGCAGCUAGUUCCAGCCAUAAUACAGACAAUAUGGUAGCCAUUUUUGGCCUCAAUACAGACAAUAUGGCAGUCAGUUCCAGCCAUAAUACAGACAAUAUGGCGACCAGUACCAGCCACAACACAGACAAAAUGGCAGCCAUUUCCAGCCACAAUACGGACAAUAUGGCAGCUAGUUUUGGCCACGAUACAGACAAUAUUAUGGUGGCCAGUUCCGGCCAUAAUAUAGACAAUAUGGUAGCUAGUUCCGGACACAAUACAGACAAUAUGGUAGCCAGUUCUAGCCACAAUACAGGCAAUAUGAUAGUCAGUUCCAGCCACAAUACAGACAAUAUGGUAGCCAGUUCUAAUCACAAUACAGACAAUAUGGUAGCCAGUUCCAGCCACAAUACAGACAAUAUGGUAGCCAGUUCUAAUCACAAUACAGACAAAAUGGUAGCCAGUUCUAGCCACAAUACAGACAAUAUGGUAGCCAGUUUCGGUCACAAUACAGACAAUAUGGUAGCCAAUUCCGGCCACAAUACAGACAAAAUGGCAGCUAGCUCCAGCCAUAAUAUAGACAAUAUGGUAGCCAAUUUCGGCCACAAUGCAGACAAAAUGGUAGCCAGUUCCAGCCACAAUACAGACAAUAUGGUAGUCAGUUCCAGCUUCAAUAAAGACAAUAUAACAGCAGGUUAA